AUGAAUCGAUUUAUUCGUUUUGAAUAUAAUGAUAAAAAAAUACAACCUAUAGAUGAUUGGAAAGAUGAAUCACUUUUGUCUAUAGACUUAGCUCUUCAAUCUGUUUCGUCUAUCGUUGACCGAUUGGAUUAUUACAUUAAAGAUGCUAAACACUUUCGUCAUUACCCUUCGGAUCAUGGUCUCACUGAAGAUGAAUCAGUCGCUCUAUACCUCUACACAAAUGACUGGAAUGAUCAAAGUUUAAAUCGGAUUUUGAACAGUACAUUACAAUCAGAAGAUCAAGCAGCUUUAAAACCUUGGCUAAAUUUUCUGAAAUUAUUCUAUAAAGCACUGGAAAAAUUAUCACCUAUUCAUAAUACAAUAUGGCGAGGUUUAACAAUUAACAUUGCAGAAAAAUUAAAUGAAAAUGAAGAUUUGAUAUUAUGUAGUGUAAUUUCAUGUUCAUUAUCAAGUACUAUGAUAGAACAUCUUCUUGAUGAUAAAUCAGUUCUUUGUUCAAUUAAAUCAUUCAGUGGCAAGAAUAUUCAGGGUUAUACAUCUAAAAACGAUGAGGAUGAAGUACUAUUGCUUCCAGGUACACGUUUGCGUGUGAAAUGCAAACAAUUGAAUAAUGAACAAGAUAAACCGAUCAUAUAUUUAGAAGAAAUCAACGAAGUCAUCAACAAUGUUGAACGGCAUGAUAUGAACAACUCUCUUAAUGAGGAAGUUAUAAACAACGGUCAGCAUUCGCAAACAACAUCUGUAAUAUCGACUAAUGAGAUAAAAAACGAAGUACUCUUAAACGAAACAAAAUCAAAGGAAAAUAUGAUUUAUGCAGUAGUUACAUUUUAUAAUGGUGAUAGAUAUGAAAUAGUUUACCAAAAUAAUAAGAAGCAUGGUUACGGAAAGUUUUGUACUAUUGACGGAAACAUAUUUACGGGUCCAAAUGCUGAUCAAAAGGCAAAUGGAGAAGGAAUAUGUGUUUUUGAAACUGGCAACCGUUUUAUUGGAACCUACGAAAAUGGUAAUAGACAUGGUCAUGGUAUUCUUCUUGGCGAGAAUGGAAUAAUACAAGCUUGUGACUGGAUUGAUGAUUUACCAAAAAGUCAAAGUCUAAUAAUACAGUCAACCGGUGGAUUGUAUGAAUGGAAGGAUACGAUGGGCAAAGAACGUUGGUAUCGUGCUUAUGAUGAUGAACAUGGAAAUAAAUAUAUAGGAAAUAUAGUUGAUGACAAAGCACAUGGACUAGGUAUACGAAUUUGGCCAGAUAAUACUCGAUAUGAAGGUAAUUUCAUGGAUGAUAAAAAACAUGCAUAUGGGAUUUACUUUUAUACUGAUCGGGAUAGAUACAUGGGUGAAUGGUAUAAUGAUGAAACAAAUGGAAAAGGAUUGCUGAUUUGGAGUAAUGGUACUUAUUACCAAGGAGAGUUUGCCAAUGGGAAAAAACACGGUUAUGGAAAAGUAAUUUUUGCUAAUGGACAAAUACAAGAAGGUGAAUGGCGAAAUGAUGAGUAUGUCACUUGA